AUGUCUUUCAAGGCAUAUACGAACGAGCCAAUCGCCAUAAUCGGCAGUGGCUGCCGAUUUCCAGGAGGCGCUAAUACUCCAUCCAAAUUAUGGGACUUGCUUAAAGAGCCCCGGGACGUGCAGAGUCAGAUCCCACAUGCCCGAUUCAAUGCGGAUGGAUUCUAUCAUCCCGACAAUACCCAUCAUGGCACGAGCAAUGUCCGGCACUCAUACUUCCUCUCCGAGGACCAUCGCCAUUUUGACGCCCACUUUUUUGGUAUCAAACCAGUCGAAGCACAUUCGAUCGACCCCCAGCAGCGCCUGCUUCUGGAAACAGUCUACGAGAGCUUAGAAGCCGCAGGGCUGACGAUUGACGCCCUUCAGGGCUCCCAGACCGCGGUCUAUGUUGGUCUCAUGGGUGCAGACUAUGCGGAUCUCUUAGGACGCGAUACCUCGGACUUUCCCACGUAUUUCGCCACCGGGACUGCAAGAAGUAUCAUCUCCAACCGGGUCUCAUACUUCUUUGACUGGCGGGGACCUUCCAUGACCAUCGAUACAGCCUGUUCCUCUAGCCUCGUUGCCGUUCAUCAGGCUGUACAGCUUCUACGCUCGGGUGAAUCUCGGGUGGCGAUAGCUGCUGGUGCAAAUCUCCUUCUCGGACCGGAGCAGUAUAUUGCAGAGAGCAAUCUCAAAAUGUUGUCACCUGACGGUCGGUCUUAUAUGUGGGAUGAAAGAGCAAAUGGCUACGCUCGAGGUGAAGGAAUGGCAGCAGUGGUUCUCAAAACACUUACCGCUGCAAUUGAAGAUGGGGAUAGCAUUGAAUGUAUCAUUCGGGAGACUGGCAUCAACCAGGAUGGCAAAACAAAGGGAAUUACAAUGCCGAGCCCCGUCGCCCAAGCGGCUUUGAUUGAAGCGACAUAUGCCAAGGCAGGCUUGGAUUUGUCUCGGUCGAAGGAUCGUCCACAAUACUUCGAGGCUCACGGCACUGGUACACCAGCAGGUGACCCUACUGAGGCGGAGGCGAUCUACACUGCCUUUUUUAAGAAUAAUUCUCCGCGGACAGUAAGCCAGAGCCCUCUGUUCGUUGGUUCAAUCAAGACUGUUAUCGGCCAUACCGAGGGAACCGCUGGGCUUGCCGGGCUUCUCAAAGCCUCCCUGGCCCUGCAGAAUGGUAUUAUCCCACCCAAUAUGUUAUUCAAGACACUGGCUCCUUCAGUGAAACCGUUCUACGGAGACUUGCAAAUCACGCGCGAGAGUCUACCCUGGCCGGCCACGGAUGGUGAUGCACCUCGGAGAGCAAGUGUCAACUCCUUUGGCUUUGGAGGAGCAAAUGCACACUGUAUCCUCGAGAGCUAUGCAUCCACGAAACAUGCAAGGGCCAACAGACACAAGGGCGAAGGCCUUGUCUGUACGCCCUUUACCUUCUCCGCCGUCUCGGAAACCUCUCUCAAGGCCCUCGUAACAUCGUUCUCAACUUUCCUUCAAGGGCAGACAACGGUCGACCUCAGCGCGCUCAGCCACACCCUCACCACCAGGCGGACUAUCUUUCCGGCGCGCGUAGCUUUUGCAGCAACCGAUGUGCCGAGUCUGUGUGCCAAACUGGAUCAGUUCUCCAAUGGGACCGGUGAGAAAGUGACUGUUCCCCCGAGUUUGCAAUCUAGAUCAGGGCCAUUGCGAGUUCUGGGCAUAUUCACUGGCCAGGGCGCGCAAUGGGCUGGCAUGGGAGCCGAGCUCUUGCAGCUCCCUGCGGUCGAGACCAUAGUCGAUCGUAUGGAAGAAAGUCUAGCAAAUCUGCCACUGAACCCCCCCAAGUGGUCCUUGAGACAGGAACUUUUGGCGAGCAAAGCAGCAUCCCGCGUGGGCGAAGCUGCUCUCUCUCAGCCACUGUGCACCGCGAUUCAGGUCAUCCUCGUGAAUCUCCUCCGUGCCGCAGGCAUCGAAUUCUCCGCCGUUGUCGGACAUUCAUCCGGCGAGAUCGGUGCGGCUUACGCGGCGGGCUAUCUGAGCGCAACGGAUGCGAUACGUAUUGCUUAUUACCGGGGGGCAACUCUUCAUCUAGCCAGAGGGAAGAAUGACCAACAAGGUGCGAUGAUUGCGGUGGGAACUUCAUACGAGGAUGCACAGGCGUUAUGCAAGCUGCGAAGAUUCCGCGGCAAGGUCUGCGUCGCCGCAAGCAAUUCGGCGACGAGUGUCACGAUCUCCGGAGACCUCGAGGCCAUCAAUCACAUUCAGGUCGUGUGCGAUGAAGAAAAGAAAUUCGCCCGCGUAUUGAAAGUUGACAAGGCCUAUCACUCCCACCAUAUGGUGCCUUGCUCGGAAGCAUAUCUUCAGUCUCUCCGCACAUGUGGGAUUCACCCCAAACGACCCGAGGCAAAGAGGCAGUGCGCAUGGAUUUCCAGCGUCUAUCAUGAGCAUAUUGAUAGCGUAGAAGACAAUAUUGCCGACUCUUACUGGGUAAGCAACUUGGUCUCGCCCGUUCUCUUCUCACAGGCGCUGGAACAUGCACUUGGGGAAGACCAAUUUGAUCUCGCAAUCGAAGUUGGCCCUCACCCUGCUCUGAAGGGUCCUGCUAGCCAGGUCAUUCAAGACACCCUUGGGAUCAGCAUUCCCUACACUGGGGUGCUCAGUCGGGGAGUGAAUAGCAUAAAUGCCUUUUCUGGCGGUCUUGGAUACAUAUGGACCACUAUCGGAGGCCGGUUCAUUGACUUCACCCGAUUCGAUGCUCUGAUGAACAACACUGUGGCCGUUUCAACACCUCUCAAGGGACUACCAACUUACGCUUGGGAUCAUGACCGGACUUAUUGGUACGAAUCGCGCCUGUCCAAGGCCUUUCGAGAGCGAAAUUACCUCCCACAUGAGCUUCUCGGCACUCGAUGUGCCGAAUUCUCAGAGAGGGAGGUUCGUUGGAACAACCACCUCAUCCCCAAGGAGCUGGGAUGGAUUUCAGGCCACCGGAUUCAGGGACAGAUGGUAUUCCCCGCGGCAGGAUAUAUGUCGACUGCUUUCGAGGCUGUCAGGGAGAUUGCUGGGGAUGAACCCUUGAAAUUAAUACAGCUGGCUGAUUUUACGAUAGGCCAGCCUAUGGUCUUCGACACCGAAGAUUCUGUCGUUGAAACCCUCAUUUCCCUUACCCAAAUUCAGAGGCACGAAGAUGAGUUGACUUGCAGGUUCUGUUUCUUCUCGACGGGCAGUAAGGAUUCUGGACCCAUGUCGCUAAACGCGGACGGUGAGAUCCAGGUGAUUUUUGGAACUCCGGACCGCGAGCUUUUACCCCCUAAGCCAGAACCGCAGUACGCGAUGACGGCGGUUGAAACAGACCAAUUCUAUAAAACAUUUGCCAGCUAUGGAUACCAUUAUACGGGCCCGUUCAAGGCACUCUCCUCCAUGGAGAGGAAACUGGGAGUUGCCACUGGUCUCAUUGCGAUUCCACAAGGCGGUAAUCCUGCGAAUCCGCUGCUCAUGCAUCCAGCACCGUUGGAUGCCGCUAUCCAGGCAAUCCUUGUCGCAUACUGCUUUCCUGGCGAUGGAAGACUCCAGUCAAUCCAGCUUCCCACGCGGAUCACGCGGAUCACCAUUAAUCCGGCCCUCUGUGCUGUCAGUGAUACUCCGGAUUUGUCACUGGCAUUUGUCUCCAAUGUCGGACAAGAUGAUAGAGCCCGGGUGGAUGGUGACGUCGAUAUAUAUCCCACCAAUGGGUCAAAUGCCGUGGUCAGGCUGGAAGGCAUGCAGACCAGACCCAUGGUUCCCCCCACAGAAAGUACGGAUGUCAAUAUCUUCUCAGAGCCCAUCUGGGGCUUGGCGAAUCCAGACUUAAUGCGAGCUCCCUGCAGCACGGACGUUUCGUUUGAGUUUGGGUUCGUCCUUGAGCGAGUCGCAUACUACUUUCUUCGCGACCUGGUGAGCAGGACGACUCAGCGGGAUCGUGAGACCUGCGACUGGUACUAUAAAAACCUGUUCUCCUAUGCAGAUCAGAUGCUCCACCGGGUUACCAGUGGCUCUCAUCCCUUCGCUAGCAAUCGCUGGAUUGCAGAUACGCGCAGUGACAUUUCAAAUAUCAUUGACAGUCACCCUGAGAGUAUCGAUCUUCGGAUAAUGCGCGCGGUUGGUGAGAACAUCAUCCCCGCUAUUCGCAGGGAGUCAACCAUGUUGGAAGCUAUGAUGCAAGAUAAUAUGCUUAAUGACUUCUAUGUCACCGGACUUGGAAUGGAGGAAUACCUCAAAAACCUGACCUUUGCGGCGAAGCAAAUAGGGCACCGUCACCCCUCCAUGAACGUGUUAGAGAUAGGUGCGGGCACCGGGGGUGCAACCAAGUCAAUAUUGAGAGAGCUUGGGGAUGCAUUUGCCUCGUACACAUUUACGGAUAUUUCAAGUGGCUUCUUUGAAAAGGCAAUGCGGACCUUCAAAUCUUACGAGUCCCGGAUGACAUUCAAGACACUUGACAUCGAGAAGGACAUCAUCGACCAAGGCUAUGCACCGGGCUCAUUUGACCUCAUCAUUGCCUCCCUCGUGCUGCAUGCCACAACCAAGCUAGAGCAGACAAUGAAUAAUGUUCGCCAGCUGCUCAAGCCGGGUGGAUACUUACUUAUGCUGGAAAUUACAGACAAUGAUCCCUUGCGAUUCGGGUUUAUCUUCGGUGGGCUACCUGGUUGGUGGCUGGGGACUGAUGACGGCCGAACGGUAUCGCCGUGCAUCGAGUCCUCUCAGUGGGACCACCUUCUCCAAAAGACCGGCUUUGCAGGAAUCGAUUCAAUCGCCCCCCACCGAACUACUGAGCCUCUUCCGUUGUGCGUGAUGUUGGCUCAGGCAGUGGACGACAGAGUCAAUCUACUCCGUGAUCCCUUCUUGUCCACCGAUCUGGCCAACGUAACCUUCCCUGAGCUCACAAUCAUCGGGGGCAACACGACCCACACUUCCAACAUCGUAUCCUGUGUGGUUGAUCUGCUCACUCCAUAUUAUCCGCAGAUCAACCGGCUUCCGUCGCUAUUGGGUCUGGAUGCUUCUAUCUUAUGCUCAGGUGGUAGCGUAAUUUGCCUGCAGGACCUUGAUGAUCCGGCCUUGCAGUCACCGUCAGAGGCUAAGUUGCGGGGACUUCAAUCGCUAUUUGAAAAGUCAAAGAACGUUCUCUGGAUUACCCUUGGUUACAAGCAGUGUGAAGCGUCUUCGAAAAUGAUCGUUGGAUUUACUCGCUGUCUUCUACAAGAAAUGCGACACCUCCGGGUUCAAUUCCUGGACUUCCCCAAAGAUGAGGAACCUAGUGCCCGACUGAUCUCAGAGGCGAUGAUCCGAUUUUCCGCGUUUGAUACCUGGGAGGGAGAUGGACGACUGAGGGACAUGCUCUGGUCUUUCGAACCAGAGAUCGCGUUCGAACAGGGGAGGGCAGUUAUUCCCCGGGUGAUGCUGAGCCAGCCAUUGAAUCAACGGUAUAACUCAUCUCGCCGCCGGAUCACACAGUCUAUUGAGCUCGAAUCACAACCAGUCACCCUAUUUCAUCGCGAUGAUGAGUAUGCUGUUCGACUGACGAAUGACACAACAUCAACCGACGCGAAAGGGUCUGAUGGGCGCGGUCGAAUUGAAAUUCAGGUUAGGUAUUCUAUACUGAAGUCGGUCAGGAUCGGAGCUCUUGGCCAAUUCUUUGUGGUCUUAGGCACCAAUACUGCCACGGGUAGUCGUGUCAUAUCCCUGUCCACCUCUUUGUCGUCCCGAAUCACCGUGCCAGAGUCCUGGACCCAACCUUGCUCCUUUUCCCAGGAACACACAGUGAACUAUCUCAUUAACUUCUAUCUUAUCCUGGUGUGCGAUUCAUGCAUGAGUGAUUUGGCGCGUGGAGAUAUGCUGCUGGCCCUGGAGCCGAGCGACACCUUGGCAAAGUUCUUUGAGUUUGUCGGACUGAAAAGGGGCAUCUUGACGCAUCUCGUCACAUCACGCGUUCCUGCACCGACGGGACCAUGGACAGCCAUCCAUCCGCGAGCUUCGAAGCGCGAGAUCCGCGCAAUGAUUCCUCACAAUGUGGCGCGUCUCGUCUGUUGCACAGAUGAGGCGCAGUCAUCAGCCUUAUACCAAGACAUCUCUUCCACACAUCCUGUCGAGACUUUCCACCAGCUUACCCAUGCCAAUGGCAGGCUGAACACCAAUCCAUUCGAUUACCGGAUCCCGGAGGCCUUGGAGUUCUCUCGGGCACAGGCAUUCGCUCUCCCAUUCUCAAGCGAUUUCCAGACCGCCCCAGUUGUGGCUUUGCAGGAUUUAAUUUAUAAACCACAUCAGCCUGAUAUGACUUUCUCAUCCGUCGUUGACUGGGGGGCAGGGGCCUCUGUGGCGAUGCGCGUCGAGCCUGUUGAUGCACGACCUCUGUUUCGAGAUGAUCGAACUUACUGGCUUGUCGGACUGACUGGAGGCCUAGGCUUGUCACUAUGCCGGUGGAUGAUUAAUAAAGGCGCAAAGCAUAUUGCUCUCUCCAGUCGAGCCCCCAAGGUGGAUCCGCGAUGGCUCGCAGAAUUCACCGCACUUGGGGCUACGGUCAAGAUCUACGCUAAUGAUGUCACUGAUCGCCAGUCGGUUCGAUCAGUCUACCAGCAAAUCCGCAGCUCCAUGCCCCCUGUGGCGGGUGUGUGCCAGGGGGCCAUGGUUCUGCACGAUACCCUGUUCCUCGACUUGACGAUGGAGCGCAUGGAGAAAGUCUUGAAGCCCAAGGUCCAAGGCGCAGUCCACCUCGACGAGAUUUUCUCCUGCGAGCCCCUCGACUUUUUUGUCUUCCUCUCAUCCAUGGCGUCAGUGACGGGGAAUCCGGGCCAGGCAGCGUACGCCGCCGCGAAUAUGUUCCUGGCCGGACUCGCUGCCCAGCGAAGGCAGCAAGGGCUUGCCGCGUCCACCGUUCACAUUGGCGCCAUCAUCGGAAAUGGCUACGUGACCCGGGAGCUAACGCUGGCCCAACAGAUGGCUCUGCAGAAAGUGGGGAACAUGUGGAUGUCUGAGCAGGACUUCUAUCAGAUCUUCGCCGAAGCGGUGAUAGCCAGUCCUCCCCAAGUCGGACCAAACCCGGAGUACUUCACCGGCUUGCGAAUCUUCUACAGUGAUGAAGAGGACAAACCACAGUAUGCUACGAACCCCAUUUUCGGACAUUUGAUUCGGCACAGACGUCUGGAGGGUCAUAUCGCCGGUGGCAGCAGUAGCACCGUUUCGACCAAGGUCCAACUCGCCAGAGCCACGACAGAGGAACAGGUGGAUGAGAUAAUGAAAGCUUCGUUGACUGCAAAACUGCAAGCGGCGCUUCAGAUCCCCCCUGGGCGAGACGUGAUCAACAUGAAUGCAGAUACCCUGGGAAUCGACUCGCUUAUUGCUCUGGAUAUGCGGUCUUGGUUUUUGAAAGAGCUGGACGUGGAUAUGCCGGUGUUGAAGAUCAUCAGCGGCUCCACAAUGGGAGAGCUUCUCAAUCGAGCUCGUGAGAUCCUCCCUACCAAGUCGACUCCCAAUGUGGUUGCAGGGGCUUCCCCCGAUCGACAGCCUCUCCCUAUCUCUGCAGAAGAUGGCAAAAGUGAUCCGACGGUGCCGUCCUCGACCAAACCUCAACCAGGGCAGAUUCGGGUACCUCCGGUGAAGGAUGCGGCACAGGGGACCCCGCUGCAGACUGCAGUGCAGGUACGCCCGGCCCAACAGCAGGAAGCUCAGUUUGUGGAGCGGGAGAAAGAAGAGGAUGUGGAUGAUCAGCGGGAUAAGAUAAUUAUAACCGUCGACCAGAAUGAUCCAGCUCUGGCAGAAGAUCUACUCCUCGAGGGCGUUGUGGCAGGUUCAACCACAUCGUCGGCAGUCCAAAUCCUGUUGGACUUCAAAGCAAGCCCGUCUGAACUAUCCGGGUCAUUGUUUGAGGAUAUUUCUCAGCCGCUCGGCUCCGACAAUGGAGUCCAGAGAGUGCUGCCGAUUUCGUUCUCGCAAUCCAGAUUUUGGUUCUUGAGCUCCUACCUAGAAGACAAAACCACUUUCAACGUGACAUUCUCCAUUUGCCUUCGAGGCCAGCUGCGCGUGGAUGGACUUGCCCAGGCCGUGGCAACGGUCGGGCAACGCCAUGAAUCCUUGCGUACUCGCUUCUUCACGGAUCAAAACCACCAACCAAUGCAAGCUAUACUGGAAUCCUCGAUUCUUCGCUUGGAGAAGAGAACUGUGUCCGGAGCCCAAGAAGUCGAGAAGGAGUUUGCUCGUCUGAAGGAUCAUGUGUACGAUUUGGAAAACGGACAGACAAUGAGAAUAAUCCUGCUCUCCAUCACCCCUACGAUCCAUCAACUUCUCCUUGGAUAUCAUCAUAUCAACAUGGAUGGGGUCGCUUUUGAGAUUUUCUUUUCCGACCUUCAGAAGGCGUACGAUGAUGCUUUGCCGGCAGAUAACGGGCUCCUACAGUACCCAGACUUUGCUGUCCGGCAGCGAAAACAGUAUACAGAUGGUAAGUGGAGUACGCAGCUGGAAUAUUGGCGAAAGGAGUUUGCAAGUAUUCCCCCUCCACUUCCCUUGCUCCCUCUCUCAGCCUCAACCUCGCGCGUACCCUUGACCGAGUAUGCGACCCACCUCGCAUCAUACCGGAUCCCUUCGGAGUUGUCUGCCCAGGUGCACGACACUUGCAAGCGGAUGAAGGUGACGCCGUUCCAAUUUUACCUCGCAGUCUACAGAAUCAUGCUAUCGCGCUUUGCAGAAGUGGACGACAUUUGCAUUGGCGUCUCGGACGCGAAUCGGACGGACUCUGACGUGCAACAGAGUCUGGGAUGUUAUCUGAAUCUUCUUCCCGUCCGGUUUUCGACGUCGCUCGCCACGAAUAGCUUCAGUCAGGCUGUUCGGGACACCAAAGCGAGAGCGCAACAGGCGUUUGCCAAUUCAGUCGUGCCCUUCGAUGUUCUUCUCAAUGAACUCAAUGUGCCGCGCGCAUCUAACCACAGCCCACUCUUCCAAGUACUGCUCAAUUACCGCCAGGGUGUGGCCGAACGUCGGAGGUUCUGCGACUGCGACUGCGACUGGACUCAUUUCGACGGUGGACAGACGGCGUACGACCUCAACCUGGAUAUUGUGGAUAACGCCGGCGGAGACGCACUGUUGCGGCUCUCGGUGCAGAAGGAGUACUACAGUGCCCUCGACUGCGACAUCUUCUUGAAGAGUAUGGUCCAUUUGGUGACUGUCUUCUCGCACAAUCCUGCUACCCGCUUGAACCGGCCGGCUCUCCACGCGGCGGACAGCGUGGACGACGCCAUAUCUCUUGGACGCGGUGCCUUCCGCUCCCCCAACUGGAAGGGAACGCUCAUCGACCGGAUUGAUGAGCUGGCAGCAGUCCACGCCCACGCACCGGCUGUCAGUGAUGGGCACGGUCAUCAAUUAAUAUACGACCAAAUGAACGAGCGGGUCAAUGCCAUCGCCCAUGCCCUAUCGCACGCCGGGGUAGGUGACCGGUCCAAAGUCGGUGUGUUCCAAGAUGCUUCCACCGAUUGGGUCUGCUCCCUGUUGGCAGUUCUUCGACUUGGUGCCAUCUACGUGCCAUUGGAUCCCCGUGUCGUCAGCAAUCGGCUAGCUUCGAUCCUGGAUGACUGUCGGCCCACGGUCCUCCUCACGGAUGCCACCACGCAUGCCGCCGUUCCAGCAUCCCACUCCACGGUGAAGCAGAUUGACGUCUCCCAGGUCGCUAUGCGUGUCAACCAGCCCAUAUGUCCCAAUGUUUCCACCGAGGAUUCCGUUAUGGCUAUUCUCUACACCAGCGGAAGCACGGGAGUGCCCAAGGGUGUGGUGAUGAAGCAUUCCGUCUUUCGCAACCAUGUCGAAACAGUGCAUCAAGAAUGGAUGUCCAGCCUGAGCGUGGUCCGUGCUCUACAGCAAUCCUCCUUCAGUUUCGACAUGUCCCUGGUUCAGAUCCUCUGGCCGCUUUGCGCCGGUGGCACGGUCUACGUUGUUCCGCAGUCAGCUCGCGGGGAUCCGGUCGCCAUCACGAAACUCGUCGCCUCGGAAAAAGUCACAGUGACCGCCGCCACGCCGACGGAAUACAUCAGCUGGGUCCAAUAUGGCGAUCAAGAGGCCCUGCGGCAGUCCGCAUGGGCGCUGGGCAUUUGCGGGGGGGAAAAGGUAACUGCGAGCUUGACGGGUGCGUUACGACAAGUGCAGCACCCGGGUUUCCGGGUCUUCAAUUGCUACGGUCCUACUGAGGUGACCUUUUUUUCGCACAUGGCCGAAUUAACCGGGCUGAGCGAUGAUGGUGAUUAUGAUGGUGAGAAUAGCACUGCCCUCACUCCUUGGGCCAACUAUGCCACUUACAUCUUGGAUACCAACCACAAGCCACUCCCGGUAGGGGUCCCCGGCCAGGUGGCCGUGGGUGGCAUGGGGGUGGCGUCUGGUUAUCUGAACCUGAAGGACUUCACCCAGGAGCGAUUUGUGCCUGAUCAUCUCGCUCCCACCACGUGGAUUGAGCACGGCUGGACCAUGAUGCAUCUGACUGGCGACCGCGGCCGACUACAGCCAAAUGGGACUUUGCUUCUGGAGGGUCGAAUGGAGGGCGACACCCAGAUUAAACUGCGUGGUCUUCGGGUCGACCUGCAGGACAUUGAGGCCACCAUAGAGCACGCAUCCCAGGGUCGCAUCCUCCACGCGGUGGUGUCUCGAUGCGAAGAGUCGGACAUCUUGGUGGCACAUGUGGAAUUACCGCCCUCGGUCUCGCACCCGAACACUGAAGAAUAUCUGCAACAGCUGCUGGUCGAGCUCCCGCUGCCGCAGUACAUGCGCCCGACUUUGUGCAUCCCCAUCAAUCAGUUGCCCCGAACAGCAUCGGGCAAGAUCGACCGACGGGCGACUCAAGCCAUGGCAGAGCGGCUGGCACCACAGCCCUCGCGGAGUGACCUGCCCGACGACACCACCGAUGAGACUGUGUCUCGACUGCUGAAGCUCUGGGAAGAGAUCUUGCCCUCGGAGGUCAUGGGGCGUUUUACGGUCGAAUCCACGUCCGAUUUCUUUCACGUGGGCGGCAGCUCCUUGCUCUUGAUGCGCCUGCAAGCCCUGAUCCAGGAUACCUUCUCGAUCGACAUGCCUCUGGUCAACCUCUUCGACGCGAGCACGCUCGGCGGCAUGGCGGCCACUAUCGACGCUCGCCUGCCUCGCCCCGCGACAGCGACCGAUAUCGCAGAAGCGUCUGUGCUGAAGACAGCCAAGCCUGUCCGCGAGUCUGCGCCACUCCACGGAACACGCAUCGACUGGGAGGCCGAAACGGCCAUCCCGUCCGGGCUACCCUCGUCCAUCGUGCUGGGUGCCCAUGCGCCACGGGCGGUGAUCCUGACCGGCUCCACCGGGUUCCUGGGCCGAGCUCUGCUCCGCGAACUGGUGGCCAGCCCCUCCAUCGAGAAAGUGUAUUGCAUCGCCGUGCGGGCGACGAGCUCACCGUCAGACCCUGUGUUCGCCUCGGCCAAAGUGGUCGUGUACGAGGGCGAUCAAUCCCAGCCGGCGCUCGGUCUCGCCGCGGCCGACCUGGCGCGCAUUCUCGCGGCGGCGGACGCCAUCAUCCACAACGGUGCGGACGUCUCCUUUCUCAAAUCCUACUCCUCCCUACGGCAGGUCAACGUCGACUCGACCAAGCAACUGGCAACGUGGGCAGUGCAAUACGGCCUUCCCUUCCACUAUAUCUCCACGGCCUCGGUCGCCACCCUGUCGGGGCAACCGACCUGGCCCGUCUCGGCGAGCCUCCGCCACUUCCCCCCGGCCCCCGACGGCUCGAACGGGUACAUCGCGUCGAAGUGGGCAUCUGAACGGUAUCUGGAGCGGAUGAGCGUCCGGUACGGCCUUCCGCUGAUGAUCCACCGGCCGUCGAGCCUCACAGGCGCCGACGCCGCCGACACGGAUGUCAUGGGCGCUCUGCUCCGGUAUUCGAAGAUGCUCCGCGCCAUCCCGCAGGCAGACACGGCGCUGCGGGGCGUCUUCGACUUUAUCUCCGUGCAGCGCGCGGCGCGCGAGAUCGUCGACACGGUCCGGCUCGGCGUGCUGGACCCGGAGGUGCGCUACGCCUUUCAGGGCGGCGAAAUGCAGAUUGAAACUGGGCCGCAGCUAAGGCCUCGGAUGGAAGCUCUGACUGGAGACCCCUUUGAGGUGUGGACCAUGCAGGAAUGGCUGCGCCGCGCCGAGGUCCUGGGGUUGAACCCCAUGGUGGCUACAUUCCUGCACAGUGCGGCUGGACGGGAGAUCCUGAUGACCCGGCUGGUUCCAGAAUGAUUAUGGUUCUGCUGGUGAUAUUUAGUACUAUUUUUCAG